AUGGCGCGCGCCUCGGUGCUUGCCCUGAUGGCGUUCCCUGUCCUGCGGGCCGGCGCCCUCAACUCGGCAGCGGAGGCGCAGGCGGAGGAGACGGAUGCCCUGAGCCACAGGGCAUAUUUGGACGUUACCGUCGGGGCGGUCAGCGCUGGGGCCCAGGCGGCAGAGGUGCAGGAGCUGAGUGCCCAUGGCCACAGGGCGUACCUGGACGUCACCGUCGGGGCGGUCAGCGCCGGGGCCCAGGCGGCGGAGGUGCAGGAGCUGAGGAGCGGGUCCGGCCACAGGGCGUACCUGGACGUCACCGCCGGGGCGGUCAGCCACGUGGCCUCGGACGAGGCCCUGGAGGAGCUCGACGCGGGAGACCGCCCCAAGGGCGCCCGCAGGCGGGCCCGCGAGCGCGCGCUGGCGGCGCAGGCCGCGGAGGACGUCGCCAAGAGCGGCUGCGCCCAGCUCGGCGGCGACAAGUGGUUCUCGGACGCGCACGGCGAGCUGUUCCAGGUGAAGCAGGAGAAGUGCUCGAUCACCUUCCCGCUGAAGACGCGGGCCGGGACGGUCGAGAAGCGCGGCGUCGUCAGGGGCACCAAGGUUCUCGUGGAGCCGCCUUUCCCCGAGGGCACGGUUGUGGGAGCGAGCGUCAAGUUCGAGAACGGCGCCCAGUGGGAGCGCAAGUGGUGA